AUGGCUACAGUUUUGGCAAAUAUUGUCAGCAUUGCUGCAACGAGUAUUGGCCCUCUUCUUUUAGCUAUUUUUAAUUCAUUGUUAAAAUUGCUUCGUUCUUCUGUUGAAUUCCAACAAUCAAAGCAAUGUGUUGAUUUGGAAAAGGAAAAUUUAUUUCAAAGCACAUUAAUCUAUGCUCUUGGUGAUUUUGCAAGUGCGUUACCUGAUUAUCAAAAAGUUGAAAUUAUGAUGUUUACUGCUGGAAGUAUUCCAAAUGAUGAAAGCACUGUGAAUCGUAAAAUGGAACAGUUAUGUGAACCAUUUCUGAAAAAGGAAGUGUUAAAAAUGUUUAGAGACAAAAAUCAACGGCAACUUUCUGAACAACAGAAUAGUUUCGAUGCUGUUUCUAUAGGAAGUAGUAGUGUAGAUUGGAGUCCAUCUGAUACAGAACCACAUAGCAGAAGGAAUACAGUUCUUAGUGGACAAAAAAACCUCAAUGUUGAGCAACUUCGAAUUCUUGCCAAUACUCCUCUGAAUGUUGCUGAAGAGGAAAGACGGGAUCAGGCAUGA